AUGAACGCUCGCAGUGGCAUCGCAUCCCCUGGUGGGAGGCAGGUUCUCUUCGCCGUUGAUGGCUCAGAAAACGCCAAGUUUGCAUUCCAGUGGUACCUGAAGUGGUUUCGCCGUCCAGAUGAUGCAGUUCUGUUCUUCCACGUCAUCGAACCACCCUCUCUGCCAUCUGUGAACUUCACAAAUCCAACCUCAAUCCCCGUGGAGGAGUGGAGCAAAAUCAUGACCAACCGUAUUGAGUCAGUGAGGCGACUGGAGGAUGACUAUGUGGCUGAAGGCAGGGCCGUCGCAUUGAAUUGUGGAUUUUUGAGUCAACCAGCUGAUAGAGUGGGACCAGCAGUCGUGCAACAGGCGGAGAAAGUGGGUGCGCACGUGAUUAUCAUGGGGACACGGGGACUUGGAGUGAUUCGA